AUGCUGGAAGCUUUUUUGAGCAGAAUGCUCGAAAUUUCCCAGGUGGCUGUGGUCUUCAAAUCAAUAAAAAAUGAGAUCUUGGCGUUCUUUGAAAGUUUAUCUUUAUCUUUACCGGAACGACCUCGACUAAUUGAUUUCGAAAACAGAGUUAUUGAAGAAUUAGAAAAGGAAAUAGAUGUUAGACAACGAUUUACUGGAAUCGAUGUAUUAAAGAUGAUCCAUGUAUUCAGACUGGAAAUGUCGGAUUCAUGCUAUGAAAAAAUACUAUGUUUGGGUAAAUUGAGCCUCAGUGAAGAAAAGAAGAUCAUAUCAUUUUCAUCGAAUGAUCGAAGCUUCCGGAUAAAGGAACCAACACCGGAAAUUAUCAUAGAAUUCAUGACUACAAUAUGCGAUACGCUCCACGAAUUCAAAACCUUUGUGGAGUUGGCGAACGGGUUCCAACAGUGGAGAAAAAGAAAAUUUUGGGGACCAGUGGACCACCAUUCAUUUGUGAAUCUAUUCACAAAACUAACUGAAAGGAUUUCUGAAGCAGUCCCCUUCUAUCACUGCCUCAAUCUACAAAAGAAGAUUGAUAACAAGGAAAUAAUAGAUGGACCUUAUUUGAUGAAACUUCGAACUUAUUUCAUCAACGUUGAUCUAGCCGAUUGGCCACAUGAAGAUAUUGUAAUUAGUUUUAGUGCGCCGUCCAAUUGUUUCGAUGCGUUUCGUGAGAAGUUACUUGAAAUACGAAUCAUCAAAGAAGAAAUAUUUGAAACUGAAGAAGUGGAGUCAUCAAAUUCAAAAAGACAGAGGGAGUCUUUGGAAGAUGAACCUUUAAUGGCCAAAAAGGCUAAAAUUGACAACCAGUCACAAUCCAAUUCUCCACACCAACAACAAAACUUGGACACUUUGGAUGCUUCGUUAGACCAGUGUGGCUCUUCGAUAGAUGCAGAUUUGCCUGGCCCGUCUACAUCGGAAAAUAUUAUUUCAGAAGAAAACAUAUCGAAUAAUAUUCUGAUGACUGUUGUUCCUUAUUUUUGUCAUUUUGAUGAUCAUGAUUAUCUCCAAUAUAAGGUCGACUUCAUACAAGAACAACAAUCUACGUUAGACGAACAUCCGAGUAAGCCUUAUUUUUGUUAUUUGGAUGAUCAUGAUUAUUUCCCAUCAAGCGCCGGCUUCCCACGUGAACAACAAAAUGUGAAGUCAGUUUCACCGGAACAACAAGUUGAAUCCACAUCCACGUUAGACGAACAUCCGAGUCGAGUUUCAAAUCCAGUUGACGAAAUUGGAGAAGGAUGUACGCUCGAGAUGAUCAAUGACCAUCCGAAUGGUUCAAACAUUGAUUUUCUUGAAGAGACUGAAAUUCUCCAGGCAGGACAAAGUUCUCCUCACAUGAAUGAGGAUAGGGAGCCAUUGUCCUCUACACAGGAACAACCAAUUGUGUCCGUAGCAUUGUCCAUCUUGCCAAAGUCCCUUCCGAUAUCUACUAUUCAAGGGCAAACACUUCGUGAUGCACCCUUGCGCCCAGUUCAUCAAUCGGUGGUAAUGACCACACAGAAACAAGGAGAAAUUUGCAAAAAAGAACAACUCAACAAGUUUCUUGAGCUUAUUAAUCAAAUGGUGGCUGCGUUUCAAAAAAAUACAAACAGUAUUGAAUACAUCGUUAGUGACGCUUGCAACAAACUUGAAGGUUUGAAACUAACAACAAGACCGUGGAUUUCAUUAUUGAAAAGAGCUUCAAGCUUACUGCUGAACGGCCGUCAGCAUAAGUUUGUUGAUUUAGACAAACGAAUCCUGAUUCAUUUCGCUCAAUAUGAACCCCUCCAUGAAAGCAUAAUCGCCGAGUUAAUUUCAACGGAACGAAUGGACGAUUUUGAGCUUGACAGGCAGGAAAGGAUCACUUAUUACCGAUCAGGAAGCUGGUGGCUCGGGGAGAAAAGUAACGUUCAUCAAUCGUUCAAAUUUUUUUGGAAGAAUACAACACCUCUUCAAAGAGAAUUACUGAUUUUGUUGGCAGAUCUCAGCACACGGAGAAGCUCGAUCAUGUCACGAAAGGAAAUCAUCGAUGAGUUUCGAAAGAACAAUGCAGAUAUAAAAGAUUAUGGAAUUUCUCAAGAGCUUAUGAAACUGCUUCCCAACAUCCGUCUUGCUCUACAGUAUAGUGUUAAAACGAGAGUUCAAAUGAUUUUCUUGACGCAAUCCGAACUUAACGGGAAUUUUAAGAGCAUGGUUCCGAAGUUUACAUCUUCUACACGGAGACAACCAAAUGUUUCAUCGUCAGGUCAACUUCGAAACACAAUCACUCCAAACUCCUUCGACGGAAGCCGCUCAACAACUCGGCAGAGACAGUGGACCCUUCCGUUACUCACUGCUAACAAAUUUCAACGCCGAACACUUCCUGAUGCAGCUUCGGUUCCAGUUCAGGAACGAAAUGUAUUCGCAAAUCGUCAAGCGCCAACACAUACGAUGGCUGAGAAACCCUCUAAUCAAGAUAUUCCUCUUCCAAUAAAAUUGAUGACGCCAGUGGAUUUAAAAAUAAAUGUUCUGCGUGGUCUAGUGUGCUCAGUUGUCAGUCGGAAAGCCAUUCUGAAAAUCGUACUCAGCGCCAUUCGACAACAACAACGGAUCUUGAUGCCUUCAGAACUCGAUGGCUUCAAAAAGUUUGAAGAAACUGUGGAGGAGUUGUGGAGAAAGACACGGUCUCAUGAGCGUAUAACCUCAAGGGCAUUGACUGAGUCACUGCUAGAAACACUCGAAAAGGCACAAGGGCAUGCAGAGAACAAAAAGAACACUGGUCACGGAUCAAUACAUAUCUGGAAAAUUCUUGGUUUUCUGAAAUCGGUAGCCCGCCUGAUUCCUUGUGUGGCAAUUCCAACUCUUCUAGAUAAACAUUUAAAUGUCGAUAAGUUUAAUGUCAUUCCAAUUGAGACAGCACUGGAGGCAUUCCAUAAUGAGUUAUUCAAGCAGAAGCAACCGAUCAACUGUCGAAACAACUCGACUUAUCGAUUUCUUGUUGGAAAAAUCCCAAUAGUACUCCUCAUGUGUUGA